AUGGUGAGCUUUCUCCCCGACGGCAUUGCCAGCCGCCUCUUCCUUCGCGUCGGCAUCUCUACCCUCGAUGCUGUCGCCCCCUUGAGCCUCGCCUGGCUCGCCGCACAAGCCCUCGCCUACCCUGCGUCGCCCGCCGUCGCCUUCACUACGUCGCUCCCGCCACAAGACGCCGCCGACCUCCUCGUCCAACUGCGACUGCCCCUCGCCGCCUUGACGGCCUGGUGCGCCGCCGAGGUCAUCUGGUGGGUCGCGUCCAAGGCGACGGCGAUCGCGCUUGAGCGGCGGUGGUGGGACCGGCGAGGCGACGACGACGCCGUCAGCCCGGAGGAGCGAUGGAGGCUUUGGCGGGCCAUGGUCGAGUCGGCGGCGGACCCGUGGGACUGGCUCGGCGGCGUCUUCCUGCCGUACGCCUACAAGCGGGCAGCACAAGGAGCCGACGACCCGGCGUUCGCCAAGGUCAAGGCCGAGCAGGUCGGCCGUACCAACAUCGAGGAGUACAUCUCGCACUUCAUGUUCGCCGCCAGCCGGCGCGCCGUCCUCGCCGACCCGGUCCACCGCGCCGAGCUCCACUCGAUGAUCCUCCUCCUCGAGGCGCAGUUCACCCUGUCGCGUCCGGGCUCGCCACCCUUCCGCUUCCUGCGAGGCCGGUCACCUCAUCGCGUGUUCCAGCUCGGCCAGGAGCCCCUCAGCCUGCAUCACCACCCGCUCGUCUUCUACGCCGCCAUCGCCUUCAUCUCGCAGGUCGGCAACCUCGCCCUCUUCUUGGCGGGCUUCCGGUACUACGGCUCGCUGUCAUCGUGGCCGUUCCCGCUCGGCUUCAUGCGCUCCUCGCGCCGUGCGCUCGAGAAGCACCUCGACCCGCUCGAGGCGUCGCGCAUGGGCAAUGCGGCGCUCGCGUCUCGCGUCGGGUACUGGAUGAAGCCGGCGAGCAAGCAGGCUCAGGAGGAGGACCUGAAGCCGAUCGUCUUUGCGCACGGCAUCAGCGGCACGUUCGUCACCGUGCCCUUCCUCAUCGCGCUGUCGAGCAUCUCUGGUCGCGCCAUCUUCCUCCCCGAGAUCCCCUACGUCUCGAUGCGCCUCGCACCACCGUCGACCAUCUUUACCCGCCUCGAGUACGUCGCCGCCGUGCGGCGCAUGCUGUGGGUCCACGGGUUCGGGCUCAGCCACCUCGAGCCGGACGAGGACGACUCGGACUACGAGGGGGACCACGAGGAGGAGCACUGGAGGAGGACAAAGGCGGUCGUCGUUGCGCACAGCUUCGGGACGGGCGCGGCGGCGUGGCUUCUGCGGGACGCCCCCGACAUUAUCGCCGGCACCGUCUUGAUCGACCCGAUGUCGUUCCUCCUCUUCUCCGCCGACAGCCCGCGCAACUUCUUCCGCACCAAGUGUAAAACCGCCGCCGAGCGCUUCUUCCGCUACUUUGCCCUCGAGCGCGGCAUCAACCACUUCCUGUCGCGGCACCUGCGCUGGUCCGACUCGGUCGUCUUUGCGCCGACCUCGCCCGCACCGCUCCCGCCUCGCGUCAUCGAGGCGCUCGUGCCCGCCUGUGCCCGGGCACCGCUCGAGCCGCCGUUCGACGUGCCCAACUACGCCCCAUUCGUCACGCCCUGCCCGCACGGUCCUCUGCCGAGCGUCGUCAUCCUGUCGGACAAGGACUGCAUCCUGCCCGUGCGCAAGGUGCGCGCGUACCUCGAGGCGGCGGGCUUCUCGACGGGCGCGCCACCGCCGGCCGCGUCGAGCGUGCGCGCACUUGAGGCGCCGCCGAGCGCCAUGAACGGCGAGGGCGCACACGAGGAGGACGAGGAGCCGUCGACGCCGACCAAGUCGAACGGCGUGUCGCACGCGCUCGUCGGCAAUGGCUCGCCCUCGCCCUCUCCCUCUUCCUCGCCGACCUCGCCCGCGCUCCACCCCUCGGCGCUCGUCGCCUCCUUCUCCUCCGCCGCCCGCACCUCAUCCUCCUCCCCCUCACCGCCGCCGCCGCCGAGCACCCCCACCCCGCCCUUCCCCUCGCUGCACAUCCUCGCCGGCGAGCACGGCGCCAUCCUGACGCCCUUGCCGUCCAUCCUCGGGCACGUGCGCCUCGUCGCGCGCGCCGUCGCCGAGGUCGAGCGCGCGGCCGAGGCGUGGGAGCGCUCGGAAGACUGA